AUUUCGGGUACCGCCGGAAUCUCCCCUCACAGCCCAGUCCUCGCCAUCCCUCGACGGCUCCCGGACUCACCCUCCCAUUACAUCCACGUCAGCGCACGAGGCAGCCAUCUUUAUUCUCGCAUAUCGCGAGACUGCGGCCCCCAUCUUGCAGCACCCGCGAACACGAUCACCACAGCGGAACACAGCUCCCGCU